GUGCAGCAUGAAGCUCAAGGUGGUGCUCGCGGUCGUGGCUUUGGGUCGUGGCUUCAUGGCUAGGCAGCAGUGGGAAACUGCUGAGACAGAGCGUGUGCUGAAAACCAGAUGUGUGCUCUGCCUUUCCAGCCUCACUUCGAAGUCGUUGACCAUUGUGAUGCACCAUGUGUUUGAGGAGAAGCAUGCAUCCAUGGCUCGAUUCAUCCGUCUUUUGGUGGAGCUUCCUGGGGGGAAAUGGAAGAUCGUCUCCGAGAAAGAAAAGGAGAUUCCGAGGACGGCUUUGCACUUGAGGAAAGUGGCUGAUGUCACACGCUUGGUGUUGGAAGCACAAAUCAUGGCUGACGGCUCCAUCAAUGCCGGCUUCCUGCAGGCGAGAUGA